AUGCGCCAGUCCACGCUCGAGCGUCUCCGACCAGCAUGCCAGCGCGCCCCGCCACCAGCGUACGCGCCGCCCUCGACAGCCAACCCGGCGGCAGCGCGCAUCGCCGAGCUCGAGGCGCUCGUCGCCGCGCUGACGCGCACGCUGGACGAAAGCGAGAGCGCGCGGACAGCGGCGGAAGCGACCAGCCGCGCACUGCAUGCCCGCCUCGGCGCCGUGGAGGGCGUCACGGCCGGCGUGGUCGAGCUCGCGGACCUCGAGGCGCGCGCCGCCGUGCUCGAUGCACGCCUGGCGGUCGUUAAGCGCCGUGUCCGGCCGCGCUGGUGGCGCCGGCUGUGGAGGUAG